UUUAUUGUGCUGGAUGGAGAAACCUAUGAGCUGAAGGGGAACUGGGAAAACGAGUGCGAGUCCCCCCGAUAUGGAUACGACUUCUGGUACCAGCCACGCCACAACGUCCUGAUCAGCUCUUCUGGCAUAGUCCCAAAAAUUGCAGGACGUGGAUUUAAUCCCAAUGACUUGAAGAAAGGGGUCUACGGGCGCCACCUCUACGUGUGGAACUUGUCCUGCCGCACCAUCACCCAGUGCUUUGACCUGGGAGAGGACUCUCUGCCCCUGAUCGUUAAAUUCCUCCACAACCCCGAUGCUGCUGAGGGCUACGUCAGCUGUGCCCUGAGUGGCGUUGUCUACCGCUUCUACAAGUGUGAGAGAGAGAACUGGGCCGUGGAAGAGGUGAUUCGGAUACCGCCCAAGGAGGUGUCGGGAUGGAUUAUGCCCACGAUGCCAGCCUUCACGGUCGACCUCAUCAUCUCACCCGAUGACAAGUACCUGUAUCUCUGCAACUGGUGGCACGGAGACAUCCGCCAGUACGAGCUCUCCAGAAACUGCAAGCCCCGGCUGGUGGGACAGGUGUUUGUGGGAGGCAGCAUCCUCAGAGGUGGCCCCGUGACUGUGUGCAGAGACGAGGAGCUGAAGUGCCAGCCCGAGCCCUUGGUGGUCAAGUGCAGGAGAGUGUACGGCGGCCCGAGUAGAUUGCAGCUCAGCUUGGAUGGCAAGAGGCUGUACGUCACCAACUCCUUCUACAGCACCUGGGACAAGCAGUUCUACCCCGACCUGGUCAGGGAAGGCUCUGCCAUGCUGCAGAUCGAUGUGGACACUGAGAAGGGCGGCCUGACGGUGAACAAGAACUUCCUGGUGGAUUUUGGAAGGGAACCCAAUGGGCCUUCCCUUGCCCAUGACAUCCACUUCCCUUGCGGAGACGCCACCACCGAGAUCUUGGCCUAG